UUUGUAUAUUUUUUUUUAAAAAAUUCAGAAUCAUUAUAUAAUAUUUAGUGAAUUCUGAAGAAAAAAAAAUCUAUACAUAUUCCAUCUUCCAAGGCCAAAGAAUUCUUAACACAAAGAGCCUUUUUCAUGAUCUUAUAUAUAUAAACCCUAAAAAAUUUUCAUAUAUUUUUAUGUCUAUGUAUAUUAUGGAGAUUUAUUAUUCUUGCUACCUCUAACAUAUAUACAAUAUUCUGUAGUAUAUAUGUUUUUUCAGGAUCUCAUAAUCAAUCUUGUGAUUAUUUUGGCCAUUUUUGCAAAGAGGGUAAAAAUGGAAGAUCAUGGAGAAACAAAAUUGACAGGAAUUAGACAAAUUGUGAGGCUCAAACAAUUGUUACACAAAUGGCAAAAUGUCACAUUUACCCCUAAUACUACUAAGGGAAAAAAUCACAAUCCGAAAGUUGAAUGUACAAAAUCGUCCUUUAAUAAUCGAAAAAAUGAGACAUGCAGAGGUGGGAUAUCCCCAUCUAUAAGCAAGAGGCUACGGAGCUCCAACGUGUAUUGGGAUUCAGAUGAGGAGAAUUGUCAAAGCCCCGAAUCGCCACAUGGCGUCCCGAAAGGAUAUUUAGCUGUUUAUGUGGGCCCAGAACUUAGAAGAUUUAUAAUUCCAACAACUUAUUUAAGUGACUCUUUGUUUAAAAAGUUACUUGAAAAAGUUGAAGAAGAAUUUGGAUUUGAUCAUAGUGGUGGACUUACAAUUCCUUGUGAAAUUGAAACUUUUAAGUAUUUGUUGCAAUGUAUGGAGAAUCAUCAAAGAUGUCUCCCUGUUGAUAGUCAUCACAAUGGUUCUGAUGCAGGGAUUAUGGCUUGAUUAUAUAUGAUUUCAAUAUAUACUAAGCUAAGCAAAGAUCUUUGUGGCAAAUUGAUCAGGAUUGAACUCUCUGUUAUGGUAUAAUAAUUAGUGAUGGUUGGUAUUAAUUAGGUUUACUUAUUUUAUUUUAUUUUAUUUUAAUUUCUUUUCACCUGGUGUAAAAUAUACAAAGAUCUUUGCUUGUACUUAUAUUUAACUAUCCAUUUAUCAAUACUUAUCCCUUUAAUAAUA